GGGGCGUAAAGAGAAUUUUCCCCCUGGGAUCAAUAAAGUAUCAAUUAUUAUUAUGUAUUUGCCCUGUAAAGGACUGAGAUCCCAUCCGAGGCCCCUGCCUUAGGCCCUUUGGUGCCUACAAGGUUCCAGUCACUCUGAGUAGGAUAAACGGCUGGGAGAUGAACUGAUAGAAACACUGAAAGAAAUUCAGCACCUCCAUAUCUGAGUAGUGGCAAAUUAAAAAUGUUUGCUGUGUCACUGGUUCCAGAAGCAUAAAGUUGAGUUUAUGCACGCUAGAAAGAUAACACAGCAAUGCACAAAGUUCUGAGAUGAAUUACAAUUGAAAUUAAUUAAAUGAUACUUUGAGAGAUAAAAACAGGAUGAACGUGACGCAAUAUGACUUACUGUCAUAGCUGAAAUUUUAGAUGUAACAGGUCAUGUGGCUCCACAUGACUGGAAUUUCAACCGUCUCGAGGCAUUAAUUGGGUGUUUAUAUAUGUCUGGGUGAAAUUACCUUACUGCCCGGAAGAUGGAGCCAUUUCAUUGACAACAGAAGUUCCGCCCUGCUCACCAUGGCGCAAAGUUAAAAGAAUCCAGUGAAACAGACAAAAGAAGUAACAGGUAAAUCAUUAAGUCCGAGCGAUAUUUAAAACCUCAGCACACAGUAGCAUAUCUGGAAGUAAGAUUCAGUAUUAGUACUGUUUCUUAAUUCACUCGAUAUAGUUGUGUCCCAGGUACAAAGCCACAAAACAAGAUGUAUCACUUUUAUGUAUUGCUAUUGCUCGUUUCUAAAUUUUGAAUGGUUUUCAUUGUAAAAGUUCUUUUCACGUAGAAGCAUUUAGGGUUUGUUUUGUUUGGCUUUGUAGUGCCCAUAUGUAUCACCAGGGGGCGCACCGCGCUCACACAAUCAGUAAUCUCCCUCAGUCCUCAAUAAGCCGCUAAGACAGCCUGCAUUUACUCAGAAUUCCCUCUACAUUUCUACCGAGGAAGUCUCCUUAUUCACUGCACCCACAUCGUAUUUGUUUGCCAUUAUACAGUGGAAGUGUACUAAUUGGCUAGAGAUCUAUUUGCACUGGAUCAAGCUGACUGUAAUGUUUAUUUUGUCUGUGAAGGUGUUAGAGAUUGAUUCAAGUGAUGCAGCUGGUGCCACUCGAGUUUAAAGCUAUUUCAUUAACUAAAGCAAAUCCACCUGCAGGUAAACAAGUAAACAGAUUUGGAGUGCCCAAUAACACCACAUUAGCUUGAUCGCUGCCUUUUCCUGCAAGGAAUCCCUGGAGACAGACAAAUUUACCCAAUAGUGGGUAAGGGACUGGAAAAUGGCAGCCACUGACAUUGGAUGACCUGUGUAACAGAAGGAGUGGCAUUCUCACUGCCCAGAACUCAUCCGCAUGAGGAAGCUAAGAAGAAUGGGAGAACCAAACCAGUUCCUUUUUGUGCAGAGAGGCCUGGCCAGUGAGUCAAUAUGGGGAAAUCUGAGCAGUGCUCUAUACAAUCUACAUGUAUGUAGAUUCAACUACUGAACACAGAGACGAUUAAAAGGUGAGUGCUGGCACACACAAGGCAGCUUAAUGCUGUGACCAGCACAGUAUGUCUUCACAGGAUCAUGUUUAAGUUACAGAUAGCACAUUUACUGCAAAUAGCAGAACAAAUCUGCAUGCUGUUUGGUUACUUCAUGUUCCGAUCACCUUGGUAUUGUGUGGACUUCACUCAUUUUGGGGACUCUGCUUUCUCCAGCCUGGUCCUGAAGUCUACCGCCGAACUGAACUUGAUCAUGACCCUGCUGCAGGACAAUGUCUAUGUCUACGCUGGUCCCUUCCUCCUGCUUCCUGGGCUCCUGCUGCUCUGUACCUGCUGCACAUACAGGAAAUCUAACGCGUCGUGUGCAAAGCAGAAGUUGACAGAUCAUGCUGAGCAGGUGUCCCAGGCAGCAACAGGAAGCACUGUUGAUGGGAAAUGCACAGACGCAGUGGAAGCUGGUCACCAGCCUGAAAGGAAAGAUGCCCCAAACACUCAUACAGAGGAAGAACCAGCAAGGACUGCGCCCUUGGCAAAUCGCCGAUUGCCAUCCUUGCCGAAGUCCACCACAGGGCGCAUGGCGGGAUCUGUGGUGUACGAUACAGUGGUGAACAUGCGUGAGUGGCCUGCCCCAGAGGCCAAAGUCGGACGGCGACAGACGUCCAGCUGCAGCAGUCUGUACGCAGAGGGACUUUGCAAGCCGCAGUGGCGACAAAGACUUCCCACUCUACGCUGAAGUGAACAAGACUGGCAAGCGGAUGAUCAAAUCAGAGCUGAUCUCCUGAGACACUCUCCAGGGGGCUGGACAAAGCAAAGCGGAGGUCAACACACAGCUGACAAUUGAUCAACAGUUCUUCUUUGUUGUAUAAAUUAAAAAAAGAAAACUUUCCUGGGAUAGCUGAACUUCAGAAUGUUUCAGCCAGAGAUGCCUUUGCAGUUUACAUUCAGUUGGCUUAAUACUCAGCUAAUUAAUUAUGGUUUUAAUUAUGAAUUUAUCCAUAUAUAGUUUUAUAUAUUUAAAGCACUAGAGAUUGAGUACUGUGAUUAAGAAUUCAAUAGCCAGGAACAUCGCAGAAAAUCCCAGGCCAAUAGUUUUAAUGCUACAAGUCUGGAGGCCAGUAUAUCACCUGCUUUCCUUUUUAAAGCUGUACGUCCCUUUUUAAUAAGAUCAUCAUACUAUUUUGUUUGUUUGUUUUUCAGUAAUUUAAUAACAAGUGAAUGUACAACAAAAGGCUUUUUCACUAAGACGACGUAUUCUCAUUUAUGAAUGCCGCAAGUGUAUCUGUGAGUCUUGAUUGUAAUUGUUUAUUAUUAAACGCAAACACUAAUGAA